AUGAUCAAGAACAUGUCGACCCCUGUGUCGAACCGCAAAUAUGGAGCACAAAAAGUGCGACUCACAAUAUUGUGUGCCAGGAACUUAGUUCGAAGAGAUCUAUUUCGAUUGCCAGAUCCUUUUGCUAAAAUCACAGUAGAUGGGAGUGGCCAGAUUUAUACAACAAAUGCAGUUAAAGCCACACUGGAUCCUAAGUGGAAUACUCACUAUGACCUGUAUCUUACCAAAGGGGAUGGAAUAACUAUAAGUGUAUGGAAUCAAAGAAAAGUGCACAAAAGACAAGGCUCUGGAUUUCUUGGAUGUGUGAGAAUUCAGCCCUCAACAGUUCACAAGUUAAAAGAUACAGGAUAUGCACUUCGUCGCACGCAAUGGGAACGGCCGGUGAUAGACGCGUCGAGUCCGGUCGCCGCAACAGUGGCUUCGCCCCCUUCGUCCCCUUCCCCGCCCACUGCUUCACCUGCUACAACAUUAUCACCUAAUUCACCCGCAUCCCCAAUCUCUGAUACAGACGUUAGCGUCAGCACUUCUAUAUCGUUAAGGCCUGAACCACAACCCCAAACUGCGGUUCGGUCCCGUCAAACAAACACAGUCGAGUCACCGGCGAGUCCCGUAUCGCCCACUUCACCCACUACUCCUACAACAUCUAUUGCUGCCACUGAUCUACCACCAGGAUACGAGAUGCGGACAACGGCCCAGGGCCAAGUGUAUUUCUACAACCGCGUAACUGGCGCGUCCACUUGGCACGAUCCCCGCGUGCCGCAGCACCUGAGGCACAGCGCUGCGGCCGCGGGCCCGCUGCCCCCCGGCUGGGAGAUGAGGCACGCGCCCUCCGGACGGCCGUACUACGUCGACCACAACAAUAGGACCACGCAGUUCACGGAUCCGAGACUGGCACUGUGUGCGAGACUGCCCCAGCCUGACCCACCUCCGGUAAUGGCUUCACCGAUAUUUCCAACUUCAAAUCCUGCAACUAAUGAGCCCCCCGACUCGGACGCAUUACCUAAAUACAAGCGAGACCUCGCAGCGAAAGCUCGCGUGCUGCGAGCGGAACUUCAAGCUCUGCAACCGCAAACUGGCCACUGUCGUAUAGAGGUGUCACGUAACGAGGUUUUAGAAGAAUCAUACCGGUUAGUAAUGAAACUCCGCGGUAAGGAGCUACGCAAGCGGCUCUUGGUGAAGUUCCGAGGGGAGGAAGGAUUAGAUUACGGCGGCGUGGCGCGAGAAUGGCUCCAUUUACUUGGACGAGAACUGUUUAACCCACAAUAUGGGCUGUUUCAAUACGCUAGCUCCGGUGACGACAGAUAUGCUUUACAGAUCAAUGCUGAUUCAGGGGUGAAUCCAGAACAUUUGUCGUACUUCCAUUUCGCCGGCCGCAUUCUCGGCGUGGCGUUAUUCCACGGCCACCAACUGGACGCAGCGUUCACUGCGCCCUUCUACAAACAGCUGUUGGGUCGCCCCAUCACGCUGCGUGAUAUACGCGACGUCGAUCCAGAAUUACACCGCUCGCUCUCCUGGAUGCUAGAAAACAGCAUCGCUGGUGUCAUAGACACGACAUUCUCAGUGGAAUGCUCAUCCUUCGGGGCGGUACGCAGCGUCGAGUUGCGACCGGGCGGCGCGAACGAAACAGUAACGGACACAAACAAACGCGACUACGUGAGACUGUACGUCGCCCAUAGAUUCACACGUGGCGCGGAACGGCAAUGGUUGGCGUUACAGCGGGGACUGGCUGACAUAAUACCACCGCAGCUGUUACGGCCGCUGUCACCGCGCGACCUCCAACCUCUACUGGCGGGCCGCGCCGACCUCGACCCCGCUGAUUGGAAGCGUCACACUCGUCUCAAACACGUCACUCCCGAUGCACCGAUAGUCGCCUGGUUCUGGGAAAUUGUCGAGGAGUUUGACGCGGAGAUGCGAGCGCGACUACUCCAAUUCGUCACGGGCUCGAGGCGGGUGCCCCUCGCCGGCUUCAGAGCCCUACAAGGCUCCACCGGCGCCGCCGCCCCCCGCCUAUUCACCCUCCACCUAGUCGCUGACGCAUCACCAGACUCCUUACCCAAGGCCCACACCUGUUUUAAUCGUCUAGAUCUUCCACCGUAUCCAUGUAAAGAGAAAUUCCAUGAUAAACUGAAGCAGGCGGUACUCGAAACAGCCGGGUUCGCUGUCGAAUAA